AUGCAUAAUAAUUAUCAAGACCAGGUCACAUCACAAAGAUUAGUCGGUUUUCAUGGUCAAUUCUUGAGGGUAGUAGACAAUACUUUGGAAAGAUAUCGCCGUGAAAAUCUACCUAUUUCGGCUUUUAAGCUUUGCAUCUCUUUUUCUAAUCAAACUGACUGUGACGGUCUAGUCGAUAAAUGGUUACAUAUCAUAGCAGAAAAAAGGGUUUCACAUGUAGUACUUGCGCAAUCCGGAGUAUUUCCAUUAGAAAGAUAUAGUUUGUUAGCUGAUACCUUGUUUGCCAUAGAAUCCUUGCAGCAGUUGGAGUUAAAUCACUGCAAGAUACUGAAACAAAAGGCACUACUUUCUGAAGAUAAAAUUAAGUGCAUUAACCUAAAAAAUCUAACCUUGCAUGAUGUUACGGUUAGUGAAUCAGCUCUGGAAAGCUUAAUUUCAUGUUGCCCUCAGAUCAUGAGGAUAUCAUUUCAGUACUGUAUCGGGUUCAGUAGCAUUCGUUUUUCAAGAAAUCUUCCUAACCUUUUGUCUCUUAAUAUCUUAUGCUGCUCAAUUGGGGAAGUUCAUAUUGUUGAUGCACCGAAACUGCUAUCUCUCGAGUAUGUGAAUGAAUUGGAGCCUUAUAAUUACUCUGGUGGUGUUGAAACAUGUCUGCGUAUGCUAAAUAUGGGCAAGUAA